UUUAAAGCUUCUAGUGAAAUUAAAAAAAGAGGUAGUUACAAACUACAAGUAAAGGCAAAACUAAGCUCAUAUCUUUUGCUAAAAGAAGAAGAUAGACUUAGACUUAAAUAUCUGUUAGAUAUUGGUGCAUCCGAAAAAAAUACUACAUCUACUUCCCGGGCAACAGUAACACAUUAUCCAUAUGUAAGGUGUCUUGCAUUUGCCUCAAUUUUUCUUCAUAAUGAUGAAAUUUGUGGCAUUGCAGAAUACUUGGAACAUAGUGAACAAUGCUUGUCUUCUCAGCCACAACGUGACCUACAAUAUAGGCUCUUACCUUAUGUAAAAAAGAGUAAUAUUGAUAUCAAAAAUGAUGCUGCGAAAAACCUAGAUCAAAUACUUGGAUCAAAGGUGGAUCAGUCUGAAUUAAAAGAUGCAUGUCUCUAUUAUCAACCUCAUACAAAGGAAAAUGACCGCCUCGAGAUCAUCAUUAGCACUCAUGAACAACAAGAAUAUGCCUGGAAAUACAGUCAUCAAAACCUCAUUCUUGUUAAUAGAACUUUUGGAAUUAGCAGGCACAAAUUACUCCUAUUUAUUGUCAUGAUUAUUGACAGCAAUAAUAAAGGCAUUCCUAUUUUUUUUAUCCUCUUUACACCACCUCGAUCUAAUCGAUUAACAUCUUCUGAAUAUGAUAGUAAAAUUCUGGAACCACUUUUUACAAUCUUCCGUGAUAAGAUUAGUGAUAAUUAUAAUAAAAAAAAUCAAUCUCUAGCUACUCCUGUUAUAUUUAGCCCCUGUGCUGCAAUGACUGAUACUGAUAUCAAAGAGCGGAAGUCAUUAUCAAAAGUAUGGCCAGGAAUAAUUCUACUUCUUUGUUACUUUCAUAUAAGUCAAUGUUGCAAGAAUGAGAUUAAUAAACAAUUAGAUCGUGGUGGCGAAAAUAAAGCUCGGUUAAUGGAUAGUAGUGAGGAGAUGGUAUGUAAUUAUAUCACAAAAAAAAAAGAAUCAUUAGAGUAUAUUUAUAAGACAAAAAACUUGUCAGAAAAUAAAAAAAUUCUAGAAGGUGGUUUAAAUUUUUUAUCUUACCUGAAAAAACAAUGGGGUGGAGAUCUUUUGUCUAGUUGGUGCCUUAAUGGACGAAUGAAUGCUGCUAAAGCUCUCAGAAUUCCUUUAGAAAAACUUCCUACUACGAAUAACCAUCUUGAGGAGAUGAAUGAACCUAAUACUCCAAUAGAAGUAUCACAAUCUAACGUACCUACAUCUGCAUUAACUCUACAAAAAUAUAAUAUAGCUGAUAUUGAUGAUUUAAAUGCUGCUGCUAUUUAUCAACAAGAAAUCAAAGAAUUCUUGGAAUCUACUUCAAAAUGUCUACAUGAAUUACAGAAUAACUUAAUGUUUCUUCAAAAUCUGGUUAAAUCUAAACAUUCAUCGGCACAAGAACAUUUUAACUGUAGCGAUCAAAAUGCUUUACUGUCUCACCUUCAUAAUGUCGUUAAUUUAGAUGCAUUCAAAAAAGCACAAAACUUAGUCAAUAAUAUACAUAAAGAAACAGACCAUCGUAGACUUGUAGUUUCUGAUACUGGUAUUAUUCCACUUGAACGAAAAAAAAAACAGCAACAGAAGCCAUUGUACAAAAGCUAA